GAGCUACACCAGCCCCGCCAUCCACCCAUCGAACCUACCCUACCAUAAAGUUAAACCUUAACCUCAAUCACCUCCAUCACCUCUCCCUCCCCCCCCCCUCUACCGUUUCCUUUAAAAUUAAAGAGUUCCAUUUCUCAUAUCAUAGAAAGGUAUCACAUCUUUCCAGAACGGAUCUUUCCAGGGGUUGUAGCUGUAUCAUACAAAUAUCUACAAAAGGAGAGUGAGUUACCCAACUGCUAACAAUUACCACCUCUCGGAUUCUUAUACCUAUACUCCCGAUUUUGUCCUCCUCCUCCUCCUCCUCUUUUCUCCCUUCUCUUCCCCCUCCACACCCAUCCACCUCUCUGCACUAGAUCUCCAUCCGUCCGUCCGUGCCUACAUCAACCCCACCUUUGAAACCUCCUCUCUCCCUCUCUCCUUCCACUCUCCACCUCCAGUAGCCUCGCUUUCAUUCCUUGCUCCUUACCUUGUCCGUCAUCACAAUAAUCAUGGACCCAACUCUCCCUGGGCGCAAGGUCUUCAAGGUCUUUAAUCAGGAUUUCAUUGUCGACGAGCGCUACACCGUUACAAAGGAGCUUGGACAGGGAGCUUAUGGGAUUGUCUGGUAAGACAAUGUUCCCUUCCGGGGAGGAUCAAACGUUCUGCAUGGGCGGAUGGAUGGAUAACUGAUGCGUUUAUUACUGUUAGUGCGGCUACGAAUGCUGGUACAGGAGAGGGCGUCGCGGUUAAAAAGGUUACCAAUGUUUUUUCUAAAAAGAUUUUGGCCAAGAGGGCUUUAAGGGAGAUUAAGUUGCUUCAACAUUUUAGAGGUAUGUUGAUUGAUUGAUGCUCUGGGUUUAUACUUUUUGCCCGUCUCAUCUCAUCUCAUCCCUGGCUGGCUGGCUGCUUGCUCCCUCCCGUGCGGGCAUUUUGUUAUCUUUUGGAUAGAGAUGAGGGUGUUUCAAUGGCUAAUUUUUUACGGGUGAUGGGUUGCAGGUCAUCGGAAUGUUCGUUUCCCCUCCCUCAAUAUGCUGUUAACCUUCGCUCUCUUGCUUCGCGAGGAGGAUGUAUUUUUGGGGGGUGCAACGUUACUCACUUGUGGACCACCUCACGCUUUUAUAGAUCACUUGUCUCUAUGACAUGGAUAUCCCGAAACCAGAAGCUUUCAAUGAGGUUUAUCUUUACGAAGGUGAGUUGGGAGGAAUCCUUGGCCCCUCGUGAAUGACCCUGGCUGCUGACUCGAUAACUUUCUUUGUUCUCCAGAACUCAUGGAAUGUGAUCUUGCUGCUAUUAUCCGAAGGUUUGUUGUCGUCUCCCCAUCUCCCAAAAUGUGGGACCGUUGAAUUAAUACCGUGGGUUUUUUCAGUGGACAGCCCUUGACAGACGCUCAUUUCCAGUCAUUCAUCUACCAGAUCCUCUGUGGUUUGAAGUAUAUCCAUUCAGCGAAUGUGCUUCAUAGGGAUCUGAAGCCUGGCAAUCUUCUUGUUAAUGCAGACUGCGAGCUUAAAAUUUGUGAUUUUGGUCUUGCUAGAGGCUUUUCCGCUGAUCCGGAGGAGAAUGCUGGAUACAUGACCGAGUAUGUAGCUACUCGGUGGUACAGAGCUCCAGAAAUUAUGUUGAGCUUCCAGAGUUACACCAAAGCAAGUGAGUUACCAACACCCGGUGGGGAGGGAGGUGGUCGGUGAACUGCUCGUCCCUUUCAGUGCACACGUGGGGCAGGUGACUUGGUAUGCUAAUAAUUCAACCACUUAGUCGACGUAUGGUCUGUUGGAUGUAUUCUAGCAGAACUACUUGGUGGCCGACCCUUCUUCAAGGGCAGGGACUAUGUCGACCAGCUCAAUCAGAUUCUCCACUACCUCGGAACUCCCAAUGAAGAAACUCUCAACCGCAUUGGAUCCCCCAGGGCCCAGGAUUAUGUCCGCAAUCUCCCCUUCAUGCGCAAAGUCGCCUUCGUAGAACUAUUCGGGAAAGCGAACCUUCACGCACUGGACCUCCUGGACAAGAUGCUGGCCUUUGACCCAGCAUCCCGGGUCUCGGUAGAAGAUGCGUUAGGACACGAGUACCUGCAGAUCUGGCACGACGCCCAAGAUGAACCGAGCUGUCCGACUCCCUUUGAUUUCAGCUUCGAGGUGGUUGACGAGAUCAGCGACAUGCGAAAAAUGAUUCUUAACGAAGUCCACGUCUUCCGCAACGCAGUCAGGAGAAAGCCCGCCCAAUCCGCCGCCAUAGACAUUGCGGCAUUACAGGGUGUAAACAUUCCGGAUCACGAAUGGGCGCAGCAGCAGAGGGACGGCGCACCAAGACCGCAUGACGCCCCUAGACCGCACGACCAGCAGAUGCACGAGGCGAACUUGGAACAGGAGUUGGCAGGAGGAUUGGAUGCUAUGCGUCAUUGAGCCUCAUUGUUUGAAAGUUUGUUUGAGCAUGUGUAUUUGUGUAGAAGGGGUUGUUUUGCUACUGGCGCUGGUUGAUAUACCCGUUUGUUGGCUGGCUAGCUGGUUGGUUCUACAUUAUACACAGGGAUUUCUAGUUUCUGCUUUGGUUUGUUUUGCAGUACCUUGUUUGAUCUGAAGCGGGUUUAUUUGUAGAAUCUGGAUGGAUGGGUGGGUGCGUGGGUAGGUGAACGGUUGUUGUAGUAAAAUUUAAACUCGCCUUGGCUCUCUUUUUGCCCACCUACCUAUGCCCACGUACGGGGAACACGGGAGGAUGGUGGGGUUUCGUCCUGGGUGCUUUUUUCCUGCUCUACAUUACUCUGCUUUGUCUGUGUCUAGCCAUACACCCUCUCUGUCGUCUCUGAUUACCCAAAUAGAAGUGGGAGUCUGAUUCCCUCAUAUCAUGCGGUACAGGGAGGAGGAAGUUCGUGUGUGGACUAAACCACUGGAAAUGAAUGUUUACCGGGAAUUAUCACAG